AAAGGUUGGUACAGUCCUCGCAUCACCAUUACUCUGCGGAACCAAAGUGGUGAACUACUCGGACAUGAGGAAUUUAGUACGUAAACGCACAGUCAAAAAUGGCGGAGGAUGAUUCUUGGGAUGCUGACACUUUCGAAGCGGAUGAAACGACAAAGAAGGCUGCUGUAUUGGACAAAUGGGAAGGCGAGGACGAGGAGGAAGAUGUCAAGGACAACUGGGAUGACGAAGAGGAGGAAUUAAAGCAACAGAAAACAGUUUCAGAAGCAAAAAAUUCAGAAAAAAAGAAAUUAAGUGAUAAAAUCAAAGAAAAAGAAAUGAUACAAAGAAAAAAGCAAGAGGAACUGAAGAAACGGUUACAGGAAUCCCAUGAAAUAACUGAACUCACACCAGAAGAGGAACUGGCUGAGAAACUCAAAGUCCAGAAACUCCAAGAGGAGGCAGACCUUGAACUUGCAAAAGAUGCUUUUGGUGUAUCAAACAGCGUAACAGGAAUUGAUGCCAUAAGUCCCUCGUCUAAAGAUGACUUUACAGAAUUUGAGAAGUUACUGAAAGACAAAAUAUCACCUUAUGAAAAAUCCAUACAUUACUCUAACUUCCUGGAUUCGUUGUUUCGAGACCUCUGUCUUUCAUUGGAAGUGGAAGACUUGAAGAAAAUAAGUGGCUCACUCACGGCUCUGCUCAGUGAGAAACAGAAACAGGAAAAGCAACUAAAGAAAGGGAAGAAUAGGAAGAAAGGAGUGGUACCUGCAGGGGGGUUCAAGGCGAAGAUGAAAGACGACCUUGCAGAUUAUGGGGAGUUUGAUGGAGGAUAUGCACAGGACUAUGAAGACUUUAUGUAACACCAUUUGUCCAUUCCUCACAGCUUUGUUAAAAUAAUCCAAUCAACUGAUCCGAACCAUCCUUGAAAACCCUUAAGUUGCAUCCUAUCCCCAUUCAAUAGUUUUAAUACCAAACAAUUAGAUUCAUGAUGUCUUUGAAUAGACAAACUAGUUACUGGAAGACCAUUCCCUGUUUAUAUUGUAUUAUAAUUAUAAUAUUUUGUAUUUUCUUUUUUAUUACUUUGUCUGUCAGCAACAUCCUCACUGUUUGCACAACUCCAUUGUUAGUGUCCAUCACAAUGAGUUAUGCAAAUCAGUUUCUCAAUAUGCAUCAGUAACUUGUAGAUAGACAUUCCAAAACAUGAAACUGCAUUUGUUUAAUUAAUGUAAACCAGCACAUUUUGUCACUAUCCAUUGGGGUUUCAAGACAUGAUAUAUGUACAGAUUAAUAGAAAAGGUUCUAAAUGAUAUAACUGCAUUGGAAUUAUGGAUUUAAUUUAUGUUUACAUUUAGGGUGUAAUGAUUCAUUUGAUUACACCAUGUUUAAGAGAUGGGAAAAGGACUGAUAAUACAAAAGUUUAUAAAUGUUUUAACUUUGUUGUACUUGAAAAGAAAACCAUGCCAGGGCUCAACAAACUGAGUUUUGUACUUUAAGGUAUGUUACUCAAAAUGAAAAUUUCAACAAUUUAUGGUGAAAUUGAUGUGUUCAGAUGAAAAUUAAUCUCUAAUGCUGAAGAGAUUUAGAAUUUCAAUUGGGCUGAUGCAUAGAUCUGCAUUUGCUGGUUGACAGUCUUGAAUAUGGAGCUGCACUGAUGAGGAAUGACCAUAUUUUAAAUGUUAAGAUAUCAAGCUGGCAGCUCUAGUGGCCCCUGAACCACCAGUUAUAGACGAGUAACAUGUAGCCGUAUUGUGUCACUGUCGGACAAAGUUUGUAAUUGCUGUAAGACCCAACCCUUAUUACAUGUUAUCAUCAGAGUUUGAAGGAUAAGUUGUAAUUGGUCUAUUUGGCAUAAAUUUGCAUGGCUUGUAUCAAGUAAGGCAAGAACCAGCUCUGGAUAGAAUGGACCAAAUUUAUUAUUGAGGAUGUGCUGUGAUUACAAAACCUUUUGUGUGUUCUGGGUUGGCAAUUCAUUAAUUGAAGACUGCAGUGUUAUUUUAUUUGUUAUAAUUUGUUAUGUGUUAUUUUUAUGUUCCUAAUUUAAUAAAUGCAUUGUUAAAUUA